UAUAGAAUUUGGUAUAAGUACGAUUUGAACGAUUUUUCCUUCAAUGGAUUGUGAAAGUCACAACAAGCUGGAAGAAUUGGAAUACUAUUUAUAUUGUAUAUUUCACAAAGAGUUGGAAAGAAUCAAGGAAGGAGCCUUGCAACAACUGGAGUCAAGAGGUUGGUUUGAGGAACAAAGUCGUCAACGCGGAGAUAUUUUAUGGGACUCUAUACUCCAAAUGAUAGAUUCUGGUGCAGAACAAUUCCCACAAGACAUCAAAGAUUCGCUAUUUUUGGAAGUUCUUGGUCUUUUGAGAAUUUUCGCAAAGGAGUUUAGAAAGUGGAAACUUGAAGAACAACUUGGUUAGGUGUUUUUAACUCCUGUUUCUUGUGGUAUAGUUAUAUUAACGGUAAGUUCUGUUUUGUUUACUCUUUUAAUAUCUUAUAUUCCAAGCCUCAUCAUAUUUUUGAAAAGGAAGCAUCUUUGUCAUUCGGAUAAAAAGCAACACUUGUUGUCCGAGCCGAGUUAAAUACUUGCGG